AAGUGAUGACUCUGAGUGCAAGCUUACAAAUAUCCCAAUUUUCGGUAGUACAUCACUCAAAAGCCUCCCCUCUAAGCGUGAGAUAUCAGCCCAUCAGAAAUUCACAAAGACAGUUACCAGCCUUCGAGCGCUCGAGUAAGACGAUAUCGACUCCGAACCACGCUAUCAAUCAUCGAGAUGAGUUCCACAGAAGAUGAAUCGGCAGGCCACGCAUCCCCCGAGGAGGAGAUGGCCGAGAGAAUAAUCAAUAUGAAAGAUGCUUGCCUACGACAGGCGAAAGUAGUCACCGGACUGCAAGGCCGUACUCUUGCCAUCACCCUGCGCAAGACAACGGAAGGCGAAUGGUAUGCGGCGCUGAAGGAUACCGGCGCCAACAAGUACCUCAAGCUAUGGAUGAAUCGCAACAAAACAUUUCCAACACAGAUCGAAGCGCUCCAGGCAUACUUCGUGUUUGUUAAGAAGAUGAAGACGGACUGUCGGCUGUUUCCAAUGUCACCGCGGACGAACAAAACCAAGUGAUAGUUGAGUUGAACAAGCCAGGUUCACGGCUGUGAAUAAACUCGAAAUGCUAUCGACGCGAUAGUGAGGGAGCAUAUUCCCCCCGACAAGAGCAUGAAUAUGCUAGUGUGAGGUGUGGUUGAGACGAGGCAGUAUCCUUGGGGAAUGAAAGGUUGUGUGGGAUUUCGAAUAACAUUAACCCAGUUUGAUGUACGGGAGAAUGGAGAAGGAAGCAACCACAGCAUUCGAAUACGUUGAAUUUAUCGAGGGGAAGAAGGGAGAUUUCUCGAAGUCUGCCUUUGUAUCAUAGUUCAAAUUCCGGCCAGAAGCGUGUCGUGCUAAUAAUAACGGCGAACUCAAAAGUCAC